AGAACAGAUUGACAGCCGGUAUAUCAGGAUGGUCGACAAGAAUAUAUACAUUGUCCAAGGGGAGAUUAUUACUGUUGUAAGUGCCAUCAAGAGGAAUUCAAGGUGGAAUACCCACACUCCUUUGGAUGAAGAACAAGAUCCAUUGCUUAACAGCUUCAGCCACCUGAAGGAGACUCUCAACAAUAUAAAAGAGCUGUCAGAUUUGGAGCCUAACGUAUUCCUGCGGCCCUUCCUGGAGGUGGUACGAUCUGAAGACACCACCGGACCAAUCACAGGCCUGGCCCUCACCUCUGUCAACAAGUUCCUGUCCUACGGCCUCAUAGAUGCUAACCAUGAGGCGGCAGCGGAGGCCAUUGAGAACAUGGCAGACGCCGUCACACACGCCAGAUUCGUAGGGACGGACCCCGCCAGCGAUGAAGUGGUGCUCAUGAAAAUCCUACAGGUCCUGAGGACCUUGCUGCUCACGCCCGUCGGAGCCCACCUGACCAACGAGUCUGUGUGCGAGAUCAUGCAGUCGUGUUUCCGCAUCUGCUUCGAGGUGCGCCUCAGCGAGCUCCUGAGGAAAUCAGCCGAACACACACUGGUAGACAUGGUGCAGCUGCUGUUCUCCAGACUACCCCAAUUUAAAGAAGAGGCCAAAAGUUUUGUGGGUGCUAACAUGAAGAAGUUGAAGAUGCGCGCUGGUGGGAUGAGCGAGUCAUCAAAGUGGAAGAAGCAGAAACGCUCGCCCCGGCCCCCCCAUCACAUGGUACGAAGCGCCUCGGGCGGAUUGGAGCAGGCCCCUCCCGCCACCCUUAGCCACAACAACCUCACUGGUGGUGACCUUUUCAUCGAGCAGGUUAGUUUGUCUGUCCCAGACAGCAUGGCCUCUUCCAUGUCUAGCCCCACAGACAGCGGCCUGGACACCUGCUCCAAGGCCACCUCCAGAGAGGACCUGACAGACCUGGACCAGAGCAGCUCUGUCGCCACCACCCCAGGCACAGCAACUAGCCCUUCCACAGAGCCUGGACGCCUGGAUGCUCAGUCUGAGGGGAGGCAGGUGGAUCGUGCCCAGUCAGCUUCGGUGGAGUCCAUCCCUGAGGUCUUGGAGGACAGAGACUCUGUGACGGAGCAGUCAGACUCGGCCUCAAUACACGACAUGGAUUACGUCAACCCCCGAGGAGUCCGCUUCACACCACAGCAAACUCAGAGAGAUGGUGCGGCUCUCAUCCCCUACGGUCUGCCCUGUCUGCGGGAGCUCUUCCGCUUCCUCAUCUCACUGACCAACCCCCAUGACCGCCACAACACGGAUGCCAUGAUGCACAUGGGCCUGCAGCUGCUGACCGUGGCUCUGGAAGCAGCCCACAUUGCCCCCUACCAGUCACUGCUGGGUCUGGUUAAAGACGAGCUCUGCAGACACCUCUUCCAGUUGCUAAAUGUGGACCGUAUGAACCUGUGUACCGCCUCCAUACGAGCCUGCUUCUUGCUCUUUGAGAGCAUGCGAGGACAUUUGAAGUUUCAGCUUGAGAUGUAUCUGAAGAAGCUGAUGGACAUCAUCACGUCAGAGAACAUGAAGAUGCCUUAUGAGAUGAAGGAGAUGGCUCUGGAGGCCCUGGUGCAGCUCUGGAGGAUCCCCAGCUUCGUCACCGAGCUCUACAUCAACCAUGACUGUGACUUCUACUGCUCAAACCUGUUUGAAGACCUCACCAAGCUGCUCUCCAAGAAUGCCUUUCCUGUGUCCGGACAGCUCUACACAACUCACCUCCUCUCACUAGAGGCCCUACUGACUGUUAUUGACAGCACCGAGGCCCACUGCCAGGCUAAGGUGCUCAACAGCACAGCUCAGCAGGACCAAUCAGCAGAAACUGUGUUGGUGGAAGGGGAGGGCUCAACCAAUGACCAUGUAGACACAACCACAGAAGCAGGCAGGCAGGUGAACCGUGCCAACGGUCAGAAUGUUCCAGAGGCUGACAGCGUGCCCCUUCCACCUACCAGCGGGCACCUAAUGGCAGAGAAGAUGAGACUGGGCAGACAAGACCAGGAGGAGACAGAACCAUCUGCUGAGAAGAAAGAACCGACAAAGCCUCGACGCUUCUCGUCUUGUUUACCUGAUUCUCAAGAGCUGUUGGACAUCAGAAAUAAAAAGAAGCUGCUGAACAGCGGCACAGAGCAGUUCAACCAGAAGCCUAAGAAAGGCAUCCAGUUCCUGCAGGAGAAGGGUCUCCUCAGCAGCCCCAUGGACAACAACGAGGUGGCCCAGUGGCUCCGUGAGAACCCCCGCCUCGACAAGAAGCAGAUCGGAGAGUUCAUCAGUGACCGCAAGCACAUGGAGCUACUGGACAGCUUCGUCAACACGUUCACUUUCCAAGGACUGCGUAUUGACGAGGCGCUGCGUCUGUAUCUGGAGGCCUUCAGACUGCCAGGAGAGGCUCCGGUCAUCCAUCGACUUUUGGAAACCUUCACAGACACCUGGCAUAAAGUGAACGGUUCUCCCUUCAUGACCAACGACGCGGGCUUCGCCCUGGCCUACGCUGUCAUCAUGCUCAACACGGACCAGCACAACAACAACGUGCGCAAGCAGAACAUCCCCAUGACUGUUGAGCAAUUCAAGAAGAAUCUGAAGGGUGUGAAUGGAAAUACAGACUUCGAUCAGGAUAUGCUGGAGGACAUCUACAAUGCAAUCAAGAAUGACGAGAUAGUGAUGCCAGACGAGCAGUCAGGCCUGGUGAAAGAGAAUUACGUGUGGAGCGUGCUGCUCCACCGGGGGGCCACCUCCGAGGGGGUCUUCCUCCACGUGCCUGCCGGCAGCUACGACCACGACCUGUUCACCAUGACCUGGGGGCCCACCAUCGCCGCCCUCUCCUACGUCUUCGACAAGAGCCUGGAUGACGCCAUCAUCCAGAAGGCCAUCGCUGGCUUCCGGAAAUGUGCCAUGAUAUCAGCUCAUUGUGGAUUCAGUGACGUGUUUGAUAAUUUGAUCAUCUCCCUCUGCAAGUUUACAACGCUCAGCAGCGAGUCGGCGGAGAACCUUCCCACAGUGUUUGGGAGUAACGGGAAGGCCCAGGUAGCCGCUAAGACCGUGUUCCACCUGGCCUACCGGCACGGUGAUAUCCUGAGGGAGGGCUGGAAGAACAUCAUGGACUCCAUGCUGCAGCUGUUCAGAGCCGAGCUGCUGCCCAAGGCCAUGGUGGAGGUGGAGGAUUUUGUGGAGCCAAAUGGAAAGAUUUCGCUUCAAAGAGAAGAGACGCCUUCAAAUCGGGGCGAGUCUGCGGUGCUGAGCUUUGUGAACUGGCUGACUCUGAGUGGAGCGGAGCAGUCUGGUCUACGUGGGCCCUCUACUGAGAACCAGGAGGCCAAGCAGGCAGCAAUGCUCUGUAUCAAGCAAUGUGACCCAGAGAAGCUGAUCACAGAGAGUAAAUUCCUGCAGCUGGAGUCUCUACAGGAGCUGAUGAAGGCUCUGAUCUCAGUCACACCUGACGAGGAGACGUAUGAUGAGGAGGACGCGGCUUUCUGCCUGGAGAUGCUGUUACGCAUCGUCAUGGAGAACAGGGACCGCGUGUCAUGUGUAUGGCAGACGGUGCGGGACCACCUGUGCCACUUGUGUGUCCAGGCUACAGAGAGCUGUUUCCUGGUGGAGAGGGCUGUGGUGGGCCUCAUCAGACUGGCCAUCCGCCUGCUGCGCAGAGAGGACAUCAGCUCACAGGUGCUGCUGUCCCUGCGUCUCCUGCUGAUGAUGAAACCACACGUCCUGGCCCGGGUUAGCCGGGAGGUGGCCUACGGCCUCCAUGAGCUGCUCAAGACCAACGCUGCCAACAUCCACUGCACAGACGACUGGUUCACCCUCUUCUCCCUAAUCGAGUGCAUCGGGGCCGGGAUCAAACCACCCGCCUCCUUCCAGGUCACCUCCACCAGUCCCGACAUCGACACAGGUGCCCAGUCAGACAGUGAGCUGUCGUCCCACCACCACAGCGAGGUGAGUCUGGACCGGGGCUACACCUCCGACUCUGAGGUCUACACGGAGCACGGAAAGUCCAGGAUGCCCCGCUCUGUCACUGAUGUGGAUGUGGCCAGCAGUGGAUGGCUGGUGGUUGGUAAAGAUGACCUGGACAUCAACAAGGUACCGGCCUCUGGCUCCAAGCCCCUGCUCAACCCUCUAGUGAACCAGUACAGCCUGACCCUGGGCCAAGACAUGGGCUUCCACGACACCAAGUCCCUCAUCAAGUGUGUGGAGUCCCUCUCCUUCAUAGUACGCGAUGCUGCACAUGUCACCCCUGAAAACUUUGAGCUGUGUGUCAAGGCCAUCCGGGUGUUUGUGGAGGCCAGCCUUAACGGAGGCUACAGGACCCAUGAGAAGAAGAAGAACCACAAGUACGACUCCCAGAAGUCCCGCGUGAGGAGGAAGCCUCGGGAGAAAGAGGGGGCAUCCCGCCGCGCCAAGGCCUCCAGCCAGAGGCACUCCCGUUCCCAUAGUGACGAUGAGGAGGACGAGGGAGUCCCGGCCAGCUACCACACGGUGUCAUUACAGCUGUUAGACCUGAUGCACACCCUGCACACGAGGGCCGCCAGCAUCUACAGCUCCUGGGCACAGGAACAGCGCCACCUGGAGGUCGCUGGGAAGAAAAUUGAGGCUGACUCCCAGACACUGUGGACCAGCUGCUGGUGCCCACUUCUCCAAGGGAUAGCCUGGCUGUGCUGUGAUGCCAGGCGGCAGGUGCGAAUGCAGGCCCUGACCUACCUCCAGAGGGCACUGUUGGUCCAUGACCUGCAGACACUAGAUGCUGUGGAGUGGGAGUCCUGCUUCAACAAGGUCCUGUUCCCCCUGCUGACCAAGCUGCUGGACAAUAUUAGUCCUGCAGAUGUGGGAGGCAUGGAGGAGACCAGGAUGAGGGCCUGCACCCUGCUGUCAAAGGUGUUCCUGCAGCACCUCUCUCCCCUGUUGUCUCUGCCCACCUUCGCUGCCCUGUGGCUCACCAUCCUGGACUUCAUGGACAAGUACAUGCACGCUGGCUCCAGUGACCUACUGCUGGAAGCCAUUCCAGAGUCUCUGAAGAACAUGCUGCUGGUGAUGGACACAGCAGGAAUCUUCCACAGCGUCGACUCCCGUACGGGAUACUCUGACCUGUGGGAGAUCACCUGGGAACGCAUCAACUGCUUCCUGCCUAACCUCCGGGAAGAGCUCUUCAAACAAACAGUCAUACCCCAACCAGAUCCUGCUCCCAGUCCCCCAGUGGAACUUGCCCAGCUGGCUGCCCCCUCCCCCCCAGCCUCACCACCCCCAGCCCAGGCCCAAUCUCCAGUGCCAGCUGCCCCCACAGAGCCAAAGACCUUCAGCAGACCAGCGUCGCCCCAAGAUCCUCCACCACCUAGUGCCAACGUGAAGAUGUCCCCCCAGAUCUCUACCCCCCUGAGUCAUUCCCACAUGAGUCAGUCCCCCCUCAUCCUGCAGCCACUGGCCUCCCAUCUGCAGGUGGGGGGCGUGCCCCCCAUGUCCCUGCCCAUCAUCCUCAACCCCGCCCUCAUUGAGGCCAGCUCCCCUGUCCCCCUGCUCCCUGCCCCCAGGUCCACCGACCUUAGUGACACCCCUGAGGUAAAAUAGAGCCACCUGCUGUCACAGGGGGACAUUGUCCCCCACCUGUCCCCUAAACAACAUAGCUUUCCUUAGGCUCUGCACCCCUUCACAGGAGGGGAUAGACCAACUCUUGACAGAGAGACCCUGGCAUACAUGGUCAUCUCUCAGACAACACUAAACAACCACAGACACAUCUAGCUUUGGUCUUAUCUAACAUCCUGGGGCCUGCUGUCCUUCAAUAUUCACGUAUUCAUCAGAAAAUACAUAUUUAUGAUAUAUUUAUGAUAUACAUAUACGAUGCUGCAUGGAUGUUAAGGACAGCACUUAUUUGACUCGCUUCGAUCUUUCCCACUUUUCCUACUGAGUCAGUUUCAACUUGAGACCUACAAAGUUAAGUCCGUUGUUAGUAUGCCUCUGCUUCACAGUAAUCUAGAGGUCCUGCCAGGAAUAAAUCAUAGUGAAUAACUUAAUUGGUUUUAGGUGCUGCAUGUUGUUUACUGAAUAGGAUGUACAGAGAUGAAUUUACUCCAGUCAAAGUAUCAGGGCACUGUGUCUUAAAACAAAAGAGUGAAAUACUAGCUAUAUCAUAACUCUUGUAUCUGAAGGUUGAAAUAUACGUGUACAGUAAUAUAAAAGCAUACAGUUUAUAUAUUUCCAUUAUAAAAUUGUCUGAGGUUUUUGAAAAUAAUUAUAUUAUAUGAUAUCCUGAGAUUUCCAAAGAGGGAGAAAUUUGCCAACAUGUUGUCACAAGCUUGUUCGCAAAAAGUUGAUUACAAUGCCCAAAAUAACAAAACUAUGUUUUAAAAGGACACUACGUAUUCUUAAGUCCUCUAAACACUGUUAUACCCAAGAGGGACAGAGGUGUGCAUGGUUUGCCUUGGAAAGAUGGAUUUGAGAUGCUGCCAUUGCUAACAAGGACAGCACCUAGAACAUUCUGAAUGUGACGUCUGGCCUGGGCAUGUCCGCUUUUAUCGGUCAGGCUAGGGGAGUUUUAUAGGAAGGUCUUAAUGAGAUUAUUUAAAUGAGUACAGUAUUGACUAGCAGAUUGAGCAUAGACAGCCAUCAGUAAAUCUGGGACAAGCUGAUCUAAAAUGCAGUUUUCAUUUUCAAGUGAUGAGAUGAAUGGUCUGGAUAAUCUUUGCAAGUUUUCAUUUGGGACUACUUUAUCCCACUUGACACAGUGAAAGUAAUUUUGCAUGUCACUGUCCGUACAGUAAGCAGUACAGUAAUUUAUUGAUUGCAGAGGAGUUCAGAUCUUGGUAGGUUGAGGUUAGAGCCUUGAUCUUCUGGCAAAUUGUACCCAAACCAAACACCUCACUGCAUGUGAUGAUGCAAGAAGAAGAGUUUUCAAAAGCAUCAACCACUUAGAACAGGGAUGAGCAACUGACGGCGGCCCGUGGCUCCUGUUUGAAAGGCCCUCGGAUCACAGCCCCCCACCACAGUCGGGUUCUCAACUUACUGUUGUGGGUUAGAAUAGUAGAAUACACAAGGUGCAAUUUCAGAAUGUGGUUCUGCAUCAGCUGUUUUUCUAUCUACUGAUAGUCAAUUAGCCCAUGUCAGCUAAAAAUAUUUCAUUGCCAAGUUAAUUUAGCGGCCAGCUAUCCAGACUUGUUAUCACGGUCAAAUUACAGGCCAGGGGGCCCCCAUUGAUUUUGUUAGUCUCACUCGGAUAUCAUAUUAACAACUGCAAACAUUUCUCUCCACCCUAUGGCAAAAUGUGUAGAAUUGCAGGAAAUUAGCUGUAAAAUGCAAAAUCUUCUCUCCACCCCACGGCAAAAUCUGUAGAAUUACAGCAAACAUGCUUUAGAACUGCAACAUUUUCUCCACACCAUGAUAAAAAAUAUGUAGAAUUGCACUAAAUUAACUGAAAUGAUCACCACUGUCAAGACAUGGGCCACUAAAAUGUUUUGCUCGCAAUGGGGGGGUGUUAUGUGGGUAUGCAGACCUACGAGCAACUGCAUCGCCUCAUGAUGAGUUAAGAUUUUUUGUGGCCCCCCCACCCCCAUCAUUUCAGAGCAGUAUACUACAAAGCAAGAUCAAUGACUUGGACAUAACUUUAUGCUAAAGAUUAGCAUGAAACUAGCAUUGUCUAAUUGACUCAACAACCAGAAAAUACAUAUGUUAGUAUAGGUUUAUUAAAAUAAUAAAACAGAAAAUGAAGUUAUAUCUGGUUGUUUAUUAAAGUUAGCUGGCUAACUCGUUGAUGCUGCUUUGUAGUCUUAUCCCUGCGGUGACUAUUUUGAAUGACCAAUCUUGUGAUUUGCGUAACCUUCAGUGCAGUUUAUUUCUCGGCCGUUGCCCUUAUCAGUCUAAAAUUGUAAUCUUAUUUAUUCCGCUAGGAAUGGGCUGUUGGGAGCAACUGCUUUCAGGUCAGGUUAUAUUACUCUCCUAAUCCACUGCCUUAUGUCAGAGAAAUUAGAAACGCAUUAGUCUGUCUGUGCACCAACACUAUACAAUGAAGUGGAGCCCCUCUUUCACAGGGUUGUUAAGUCGUUUUGGAAGCUGUUCAUUUGUUGUACUGCAUUGUUAGGUAUACCAGGCGCUAAUUCUUGAGUGAACAGGAAAUUACAUGUGUAUAUAUAAAUAAAAGGUAAUGUACUUUUUACAAUGUAAUAAAUAUAAUGUAAUGAAACUGG